CGGGCCAUGUGCCAGAAUCCCCCGCAAAUCGCAGACCCCAUCAUCACACCCUCGGGAGGCAGCGGUUUUGCCCUGUUUACGUCUCUCCUUCUCCUUUUCAUGACCGGAUUCGGGGAAUCAAAAUUCUGGGAAGCGCAAGGGAACCAUGGCUGAGGUGGACGUCGCCCCAACGUUGGGCUCGGAGCUAAAGGAUGGGUUCAAGCCCGCGAACGCCUGGGUCGCCGGAGGAAUCGCCUGGCUAGAUGAUAUCCAGUCCUUUUACCGCGAACGAAGUGCGAUCGAGAAGGAGUACAGCGCCAAACUCAAUGCCCUGGCCAAGAAGUACUUUGAAAAGAAGACGCGCAAGUCGGCGAGCCUGAGUGUCGGCGACACCCCGACCAUGACCCCCGGCUCCCUGGAAAGCGCAUCCCUCACGACGUGGACGACGCAUCUUACGACGUUAGAAGCGCGGGCCGACGAACACGAACGCUACGGAAAUGACUUGGUCGGGAAGGUGGCGGAACCACUGAAGCAGAUGUCGGUGCGGUUUGAGGAGCUGCGCAAGCGCCACGCCGAGUACGCCGAAAAGCUAGAGAGAGAACGGGACUCUUCUUAUGCCGAUCUUCGAAAGACGAAAGGGAAAUACGAUGCUGUUUGCCAGGAGGUAGAGAGCAAGCGCAAGAAGACCGAGUCCUCGUUUGACAAGGCCAAGGCGCAGAGCAGCUUCCAACAACAGUUGCUCGACAUGAACAACGUCAAAAACACUUACCUAAUUUCGAUCAAUGUUACCAACAAGCAGAAGGAGAAGUACUACUACGAGUACUUGCCCGAGGUCAUGAACAGUCUCCAAGAUCUCUCGGAAUUUCGUACGGUCAAGCUGAACGGGCUCUGGACCCUAGCCUCCCAGCUCGAGGCCGGCAUGCUUCAGCAGAGCUCGGGCCAGGUCGACCGCCUAGGCCAGGAGAUUAUGCGAAACCAACCGCACCUAGACUCGAUGAUGUAUGUACGGCAUAACAUGGGCGGUUUCCAGGAACCCCCAGACAAGGGCUUUGAGCCGAGCCCGGUAUGGCACGACGAUGGCACCAUGGUUGUGGACGAGGCGGCCAAGGUGUACCUGCGCAACCUGCUCAACAAGUCGAAGGGCCAGCUCGGGGAACUGCGGCGCGAGGCAGACAAAAAGAGGCGGGAGGUGGAGGGGCUGAGGCGGGUGAAGCAGAGGGUACGGGACGGGGCGGAGCAAAAGGACGAGGUAGCCGUGGUAUCACAGUUAUUCUCGAUGCAGGAAGACCUACAUCAGGUGGACCGGAGGCGUAUCACGGUGGAAGUGGAGACAUCAACCAUCACGUCGGCGGUGGGCGAUGUGACACUGGGUGCGAAAAACCACAACUUCAAGUCACAGACAUUCAAGAUCCCAACGAACUGCGACCUUUGCGGCGAGAGGAUAUGGGGCUUGUCAGCGAAGGGCUUUGACUGCCGUGACUGCGGCUACACAUGCCACAGCAAGUGCGAGAUGAAGGUCCCGGCAGAAUGUCCGGGUGAGCAGUCGAAGGAGGAGCGCAAGAAGCUGAAGCAGGAGCGGCAGGAGGCCGCGAAUUCACUGCUCAAAUCCUCUGGGAAGCCACCAGAGCAUGUGGCCGAGCUACCCACACUGAGCCGUUCCGACACGGUAACCUCGGCAAGAUCAGGGUACGCAGCGAGUUCACAGCGAUCCAUGACCGGACCCCUGUCUCCAGCCGAGGAGACGCCCCCGGAAAUACCGACCGCGACCCGGCCGACCAGCGCAGCCCCGCCGCCCGCCGCCAGGAAAAACCGUGUCAUCGCGCCACCUCCGACUGCCUACAUCAGCGAGCUGCCGGGUAGCACCCCGAACGGCUCGUCGCAAGGGGGGUCGGAGCAAAAGGCCAAGAUGCUGUACAGUUUCGACGCCGGGGGCGCGGGAGAGCUGAGUGUUGCCGAGGGGCGCGAGCUCGUGGUACUAGAACCAGAUACUGGCUCCGGCUGGGUCCGCGUCCGGGCAGGGUAUAAGGAAGGCCUAGUGCCAGCGAGCUACGUGGAGCCGAUCGCGGCGGCGUCGUCGGCACCGCCACCGGCGGCCAUCGCGCCGCAGCACACGGGCCAGUCGGCGUACUCCAACAGCGGCUCGUCGAUCGGGACGGCGGGGCCGGGGGGCAAGAAGAAGGGCCCCGCGGUGGCGCCCCGGCGCGGCGCCAAGAAGCUCAAGUACGUCGAGGCCCUGUACGAGUACGCCGCCCAGAGCGACGCCGAGCACAGCAUGGCCGAGGGCGAGCGCUUCGUGCUCAUCAAGGAGGACCCCGGCGACGGGUGGGCCGAGGUCGAGAAGGGGGGUGUUACGAAGAGCGUGCCGGCGAGUUAUGUGCAGGUUGUUUGAUUUCUACCGGGCCUGGGGUGC